GAUCCGCACGUACGCCUCAACAGCGAAUACGGUCCGCAAUGGGAGCUCGAAUUGUUGGGACUACGAGAAGAAUGCCAUGUUGCAGCAGUUGGAGCACCAGCGCUUGCUCAGUUCU